GGCCCCGCGGACGGCCGGCUGCUGCCCGGCGACCGGCUGGUCAAGAUCAACAACGUCGCCGUGGACGACCUGACCCCCGAGCAAGCUGCCGAAAUAAUCAGGGAGUCUCAAGACACACUGACCAUGACGGUCCUCAGAAUAAUGCACGGCCCAAAGUCUUCCUUCAUCACUCCGGAGAAGCGGGCCAAGCUCCGGUCCAACCCGGUGAAGGUCCACUUCGCAGAGGAGGUGGAGGUCAACGGUCACUCUCAGGGGAACUCGCUGCUCUUCCUGCCGAAUGUGCUGAAGGUGUAUCUGGAGAAUGGGCAAACCAAGGCCUUCAAAUUUGAGUCCAGCACCACGGUGAAGGACAUCGUGAUGACCCUGAAGGAGAAGCUCUCCCUGGGUAGAAUCGAACACUUCUCCCUGGUGCUGGAGCAGCAGCUCAGCAGCAGCAAGCUGCUCCUGCUCCACGAGGAGGAGCGGAUCCAGCAGGUGGUGCAGAAGAAGGAGGCCCAUGACUACAGGUGUCUGUUCCGGGUUUGCUUCAUGCCCAAAGACCUCCAGAGGCUGCUGAAAGAUGACCCCGUGACCUUUGAGUACCUCUACCUGCAGGGCGUGAACGACGUGCUGCAGGAGCGCUUCGCCGUGGAGAUGAGGUGCAACACGGCCCUGCGGCUGGCCGCGCUGCACAUCCAGGAGCGGCUGGUCAGCUGUGGACAGUCCCCCAAAGCCAACCUGAAGACCAUCACGAAGACCUGGGGAAUAGAGAACUUUGUGUCGUCCACCCUGCUGAGGAACAUGCGGGAGAAGGACCUGAGGAAGGCCAUCGGCUACCACAUGAAGAAGAGCCAGUCGCAGCAGGACCCCAAGCUGAAGAACAUGUCCGUGGACCAGGCCCGGAUCCACUACCUGGAGGAGCUGAGCGAGCUCAAGUGCUUCGGGGGGAAAUCCUUUGGUGCCACCAUGAUGCUCCAGGACCGGGAGUCCAUGGUGACCCUGCUGGUGGGAGCGCGCUACGGGGUCAGUCAGGUGGUCAACCACAAGCUGAGCAUACUGACCACCCUCACCGAGUUCUCCAGCAUCACGCGCAUCGAGCUGCUGCCCGAGUCCGAGAAAGUCAGCCUGGUCAAGAUCUACCUGCAGGACAUCAAGCCCAUCACGUUGCUUUUGGAGGCAGCGGCGGCCAAAGACCUGUCCUGCCUGAUAUCGGGCUACUGCCGCGUGUUUGUGGACCCCAGCCUCAACAUCUUUCCCUGGAUGGACGACAAGAGGCACCGAGUGUCUGCAGAGGAAGGUUACGUGUCUCGGUGUGGAAGCGACUCCGACUCCUCCUCGGACCUGGACGCGGAGCCGCUGCUCAGCCUGGCGUCCCAGGACGACAGGCCCCGCCCACGCGUGCGCUCGUCCUCCGACCCGGACGGCCGGAAACGGAAAGACCGGCACCGGUGGAGAACCAGGGACGGCCGGGAGAAGCUGGACAAAGCCCGGGAGGGCCCCAAGUGCCCGGAGGAGAAGGACGCCGGCACCGAAAAGGAGACGGUUCCCCCGGAGACGAACGGCGAGGAGCCGGUCCAGAUCCAGAUAGUGGACGGCAACCCGCAGGGACAAAAAGGCGGAGGGGCGGCGGAGGAGCCGGUGUCUGUGUCCGAGGCCUCCGACUCCUGUCAGACGGACUCCCGCGUCCUCACCAGCCCCUCCAGCGACUCCCUGGACGCCCUGGAGGAAGACGACCUGGUCUCCUGCUCCUCUUCCUCCGCCCGCCCCUCCUCACAGACGAACUCCUGCCCCCCCCUCCCCCUCCAGCUGCACCCCCCCUCGGACCGUUCUGCCCAUCCUCACUUCCUGCUCCCUCCCCCCGCCCACUCGCACCCCCUCAUCCAGCUCCCGGCCGUGGGCAGGCCGGGAGGAAGAGGAGGCUGCAGGAGGUCGGGCGACGGGGCGGACCCCCGCCUCCUGGCGCCCGGCUUAGGCUCCGCCCCCUCGCCGCUCGGCCCGGACGACAGCUCCUUGUGCUUCGCCGAGCUCUCCCUGCUGGUGGACCUGCUGCCCAGCCCGCCCGAGGCCAGCGAGGAGGAGGACGAGGAGGAGGAGCAGGAGGAGGACAGGAGGGAGAGCGGCGGCGGCGUGCGGAGAGCGGCGGGCGAAGGGGGCGGGGCCUCCGCCUCGCCGUCCUCGCCCUCCUCCCACUCGGACUUCGUGUUCAGCUUCAGCCAGAGCGACGCGCGCUGCUACUACAGCCUCUGCUCCAACAUCACCCCCGACAGCGCCCGCAGCCUGCCCCGCCCACAGCACCUGGAGCUGCGGGGGGGCUGGGGGGAGGGGGCCCAGGAGGCCCGGGAGAACCAGGACAACCAGGAGAACCAGGGGGACCAGGGGGACCCGGAUGCCCAGGAGGACCCGGAGCCCGUCCCCAUCCUCCACCCGCCCCCCGGCUUUGGGGACAGCAGCUCGGACGAGGAGUUCUUCGACGCCAGGGACCGUUUCACCUCACCUGAGGACCCCACGUCGGGCGCCGUGCCCAGAGAUGCUCGCACCCGGAUGAGGCUGGGCCUCCUCGGCACGCUGAGCCUGAACGACAUCAGCGUGUCGGUGGAGGACGGUGAGCCGGCCGCUGACCGGAGGCCGGCGCCGGAGGAGGAGGGGGGCGGCCGGGAAACGCUGCUGCACCUCCGGAAAAGGUCCCGGAAGCGCCGCUCCUUCAUGGAGACCGACUUCACCUCCCGGGUGACGUAUCCGUAUCCGGACCCGGAUCCGGAAUCCAAGCACAACCCGACCUCCGACCGGCUCCUCGGACACGUCUCGGCCGGGGUGAACCACGGCCAGAUGCUGGCCUCGGACCCGGAGCCCUCCGAGCAGAGCCAGAACCCGAGUCCCACCGUCUCCUCGCUCACGCACGCCGAGGGGGAGCCGGCCCAGCUGGAGGCCAAACCCAUCCCCUCCAAAGCCCACCCCCCGGGGCCGGACCUGAAAUCCCCCUCCAGGAAACAGGAGAUGGAGAUGGAGCCGGACACCAUGGAGUCCAAAUCGGUGACGGACCUGGUGGCGGCGGCCCCCCCCACCAUCACCGUGGUCCGCUGUCGGGUGGACCCGGACGGGAAGGAGAGCGCCGACCGGCGGGGCGACGGAAAGGAGGAGGGGGAGGGACGGGACGGGGCGGGGAAGGAGGACCCGUCCAGCCUGAAAGGGCCGUUCUCCAGCCACAUGUUCCUGCCCGCCGCCCCCCAGAGGAGCGAGCAGGGGGGGGGGCAGGACAGAGGGCCUGAGGGGACUUUCCCCCAGCGUGGAGAGGCCGCUUUUAGGGGCCGAGGCUCCGGCUUCCCGGUGGAAACCGAGUCAGAACAGGAGGACGAGAGCCCAGAGGGAGGUGACCAGGCCCCCGACGCCCAGCCCCACCCAGCAGCGGCCCCCAGCAUGAAGGACGAGGAGGCCCCCGAAUCCACGGUAACGGACAGCACCAACUCUGACGACGUCUUCGAGGAUGAGGAGGACGAAGACGCUGAAUCCAGCUCCUCAAACGAUGGCUGGGGCGAUCAGAUGGAGGAGGGGGUCGCAUCUGCGAAGCGUCCGGAGUCUCCCCCGGACUCCGAGGCUCCGGCAGGAAGUCCGGUCAGCUCCCACUACACUCUGGCCAUCAACGCCAUCACGGCCAAGCUGGGCGCCGCCACCAGCAUCACGUCCCCGACCUUCACCUCAGGGCUGAAAACCGAGGCCCCGCCCCAGAGCGCCCCCCCGGAUCCAGUCCAGAGCCUGAGGAAGGCUCACACCCCCCACUUCCACGACGCCUCCAGGGAGCCGGCGGCCGCCGCCCACUUCCUGUUCCAGACCUGCUCGCCCGCCUUCAUGGGCCGGCUGUCCGCCUCCACGCUCAGGGGGAAGAUCCAGAGUCUGCCCCUGUAUCUGUCGCGCUCACAGGACGGCCUGAACCGGGCCGGGGAUGGGAGCCCCGCCCAGAGUCCCGCCCAAAGCCCCGCCCAGAGCCCCGCCCAGAGCCCGGCGGAGGGCGGCCAGAGGGGCCUCCCAGAGGUCACCAUCAGCGUGACGGACGUCCACGACGUCACGCAGACGCUGGACCUGGACGCCGGCGCGGAGGGGGACUCUGCCGAGUCGGACGAUUCGGACGCCACGCUGACCGGAUCCGAGGUGGACGGGGAGUUCUUUGUGGAGACGGCCUCAGCCAAGAGUUUUCCAGCCGAGUUAAAAGAAGCCAGCGGUCAGGAGCCGCCUCUGGUCCAGCCUCUGCACGCCGGGCUGAACCAGAGCACGCCGGGGCCUGUAACGGAGCCCCCGGCCUCCAUAGUGAGCCUCCUCCAAAGAGACUUCUUCCCUGGACCCAUAAAAGACCCAAGCAUAAAAACCAGAGCCCCAGAGGAAGUCCCAGCUACCAAACCGAGCCCUCCUCUAGGAACUGCUACCAAAACGAACCCUCCUCUAGGUCCGGCCCCUCCCGCGGUGGUGGUGACGACGCAGAGCCUGAACGGGCCGGGCUUCCCCUUCCACGGUCAGUCUCAGAGAGUAGCGAAGGCCAGUAGUGAGAGGCCCCUAGUGGGGCUGUGUAGGCCCUGGGGGCAGCAGCCCGACUCACCGGGGGGGCUCUCCGCCGGCUGCAGGGUGUCCACCGUCUGCGAGGCUCCGGCCCGGGGGGGGGGGCCCGCCCCGCCGCUGAAGCCCGGCUUUGGCUGCGGCCCGGCGCUGGCGUCCGGGUGCGAGUCCCUGGCGGAGGGGGUGCAGCCCCCCCUGGAGGCCUGCGGCUGCCCACCCGCCUACACCAACUGCUUCGGGGGGGAGGAGGACGCCUUCGACGAGGAGCUGACCGUCUACGACCCCCUGCUCUCGCCCUUAUCCACCGACCCAGACCCAGACCCCCUGGGCCAACUGGGCCGGGGGGAGUACCCGGACCCCCCCGGGGGCUUCCAGCUGCUCCGCCUGGACGUGGACAAGCUGCUGGGGGCCCUGGAGGGCGGGCCGGCCGACCGCCGCGGCGGGCGCCACCCGCGGGACGCCUGCCCCCGCCACUUCACGGAGAGCAAGCGGCUGCUGCAGCUGGAGGCGCGGCGGCUGACGGCGGGCUGCCAGCGGGCGGCGGCCGGCGGCCAGAGCCCCCCCGACAUGCUGCGGGCGCUGGCCGGCAGCUUCCGCACGCUGGUGGAGCUGGCCGGCGUCUGCCUGCGCCUCUCCGGCUGCCAGCGCUGCGACCGCCGCAACGGCGAGGCGGCGGCCGGCCUGGCCGACGUGGCGCGGGCCUUCCGGGACUUCUGCCUGGCGGCGGAGCGCGCCAGCGGCCGCCGCGGCUGCCGGGACCUCAGCCGCAAGCUGCUGGCCAAGCAGUGCACGGCGCUCACCGCCUCCGUCUUCUGCCUCACGCAGCUGUUCCGCACCCUCACCGCCCUGUGA